UGUAACGACUUUUUUCCAAAUUAAUAUAUUAGUCAAGAUGAACUGCCUUCCUCCCACAAUCACAGACAAUAGAAUUAGGAAGGUAGAAAAGAGUCCUAAAAUAAUCUUAGGUCUUACUGACAACGAAGAUAAUUUAAAUGAAGAAGAAAAGCAUGAUCAAUCCUCAAAAGAAAUUUCUUUCCUAAACGACACCUCUAUUGGUUCAUAUAUUACUCAAAUUGAGAAAAUUUAUUGCCAACCAGAGAGUUUACGCCAAGAUGUGCUUCGUAUCAAGCCUGAUGUUCUUAAGGAUGUUGAUGAACUGGAACGAAUCUAUUACCUCAUGGAAUCACAUGCAACCUCCUUAAGGCUCACAACAACUCUAAAAUGGACAGAAAAAGAUGGGCAGAAGUCUGAUAAGAUAGAUGAUGUAGCUUUACAAUAUACAAAUAAAACUGGACCUGACUCGAUUAAUAAAUUUUUAAAUAAAAUUAAAGAAUUGCCCAAAGAGUGGACAUUAGUACAGCUUACAAGUCAAUAUGGUAGAGAUAAAAAUUUUAUUGUUGAAAAUACAUAUAUUACUCCUGGGAUAGACAUCACUGUUUUUAAUUGUGGUGAGAAUUUCUCAAAUCCAUUUUUAAUCCCCAUUAAUGGACCAUUUGAUCCUGUUACUAGAAACAGGAUUCACCUAAUUGAUGAAAUGCAUAACAUUAUUAAAGAAAAUCGAAACUUUAUGACAACAGCUAAAUCAGAAAGAAACUAUGAAAAAAUAUACCGAAAACGAGAAUCAAUCUCGGACCGGUUAAAGUUACUAAUAAAUGACAUCCAUACAUUGUGGUUGAAGCAUUGGAGAUGCUUAUUUGUUGGCCGAUUCCAAGAUUUAAAUCUGGAGAAAAGAAUUAAAAAUGAAAUAAAGAAGGGUUUUGCUAAUGAGUGUCCUAAUAUGUCUGCCAAUAUUUUGUAUAUAUUACUAGGGGCAGCAAAAUGUGCAGGUUACUGUCAAUUUAAGUAUGAAGACAUCAGGAACAUACUUGUAUAUUGUUUUCCUGGUCAAAACAAAACUUUUCUGAAGUAUGGUAUCGAUUUAAUUAAAAAUUUGUCGGACAAAUACAAUUUAAGACAACAAGAGAAAUAUCCCGUAAUAUUAAUUGUUGAUGAUUUGUUGGAUAUUAUCCCAUGGGAAAUGAUGGAUGUAAUUCAAACAGAAUCAAUAUACAGACUUCCCUCCUUCCAUUUCGUCUAUGUCUUAUAUAAAACUCACAAAAAUGAUAUUAAAGAUGGGUACAAAAUCAUUAAAGACUACAACAAGGGUGCGUACGUUGUAAAUCCUGAUCAAGAUUUAAAAAACAUGGAAGUACGUAUUAUGAAUUUUUAUAACUAUUGGUGUCCAGAAUGGACUGGUAUAUCAGGAUAUAAACCCACAAAUGAUGAAUUUUAUGAACUUUUAACAAGUGCUUCUAUAUUUUCAUACAAUGGUCAUGGUAGUGGUAGUCAACAUAUGAGAAUGGAGAGGAUUCAAAGAUGUCAUGUGAAAGCAAUUGUGUUGCUUUGGGGCUGUUCUAGUUCAAACAUUAACAGGACUGGGCCUCACAUGGGAUUUUAUGGAUCCUAUCGUAAUUAUUUAAUAGCUCAAUGCCCUGGUGUGGUUGGUAUGUUGUGGGAAGUCACAGACACAGAUACGGAUUACUUAACUACGGAAUUUUUGAGUAGUUGGAUACCUUCUAACGCGCCAAUUCAUUGGAAACACGUUAAUAAAGAUAAAUGGAAGAAGGCAGAUAAAAUAGUUGUAUUUUGUCAAGAUGAAACGUUAAAAAAUGGAAAAAUUAGUUUGGAGCCUGAUCUUGCUAAAGCCUUGAAUAGCGCAAAAAAGUCUGUGAAAUAUCUAAUAACAAAGGCUGCCUGUGUUGUCAGAGGAAUACCUGUGAAAAUUGAAACCCAAUAUUAUUAAUUAUAUUUUACUAAUUUAUACUAUUCUACUAAUAUUAUUUAUAAUUUUAUUAUAUUUUUAUUGUAUAGUUCUAUUUAUUAUAAUUUUUUAAAAUUUGUUAGAAAUGUUUAUAUAUUUCAACACUGUACAGUAUACAAUUGUAUAAAACUAUAGUACAAAUUAAAAACUCGAUUAUUUACAUUUUAAGCAAAA